GGGGUACCUCACCUACGAGUUAUGCAACCAAGCAAGUAACAUACUGGGUGAGCAAUAUUUUUCUCAGGGAACGUUGGAAUAUUGGCAAGAGAACCAGAUCAUUGAAGGAGUUAUCAGCCGCCAUCAGCCAACAGCAAACGACAUGGACAAACAUCAGAUUUGGGCGACAUCACCGCAUGAGCAUUGCAUUUACAGGUAAAGGAGUCCCAGAGGCCGCUACCUGAUGCUGACCAGUGCGAAAUAGUCCAACCAGGGGACUACGUACUUAUCAGAAAUUGGAACCGCAAGAAACUCGACCCCCGUUGGAACGGACCAUACCAGGUGCUGCUGACUACACCAACAGCAGUGAAGGUUGAAAACCAUCCACGUUGGAUACAUCUCUCCGACUGCAAAAAGAUUGGAUACAAGAAUGGCACGAGUGAUGUUCGCUCUACUGACGAUCCUAACCAUGGCCAGGGUAACAUGGACUAAUACUUAUCUGGCUAUGAGCCAUGAGUUUGCCGUACGGGCACAUGGGACUGAAUGUUGGGUAUGCACCGGUGUUCCGACUAGCAGUAAUGAAGGAUUUCCCCUGGUCCCCAUUCCAUUAAACCUUACCGAGAGACUAGCGAUGAGGUGCUUUAGUAACUCUGCUAAAAAAUCGUCAUGCCUAAAAAUCAUACGGAUAACAAAUACCAAAAACGAAACAAUAAACAUCACCUAUGGAGGCCCGACAUACAAUGAUUUUGAAGGAUGGUACACCCCUCCCUUCAAAGGAGAUUGGAAAUUGAACGUGACAAAUGCAGCAGAUAUACCCCGACUACAGAUAGUAAAAGAUCCGCACAGGCCAGUUAAUACUACCUGUUUUUGCCACCACCAAGGCACAGGUGUAUUCUUGGGAAACAGUACUUGUAUGUCAACUCAGGCAGCCACCAUUAUCGGCCCACCCCGACCAGUUAAUGGUACAUAUUUUGUAUGUGGAUCCUGGGCCUACCCAUGGUUACCAGGAAUGUCACCGGCUGACGAGGCAGCUUGGGAACGACUAAAAGGACCCCAUCACUGGACAGGGUGUUGUUAUGUUGCAUAUGUGGUCCCACGUAUGAGAAGCAUGAGCCAGUUGCACCAGCACACGGGGAUUUCCAAGCGAAGCCUAACAAAGGCUGAGCAAUUUUUUAUGAUACUCUUCCUGUCCUUUGGUAGUAUAAUAGUGUCACGGGAACUAAUUACAAUGGCCUCCGCUUUAGAGACACUUGCUAAUGCCACUGCCAUCUCCUUAAGUGCAACCCAGGAGGAGGUAGAAGGGGUAACAGCUGAAAUGGUAGCUAUUAGGACCGUAGUAUUACAAAAUAGAAUGGCCUUAGAUUUUAUCCUGGCAGAAAAGGGAGGGACAUGUGCAAUAAUAGAUCGAGAAUGUUGCACUUUUAUUCCCGAUGCUUCCUCCAACAUUACCAACUUGGCUGCCCAUAUCAGAAUGGAAAUAGCUAAAAUAAGGAAGGUAGGAGCUGAAUUACAUGGUUAUAGCUCCGGUGGAGGUUGGUGGCCAUUUAAUAUGUUUGGAGGGACUUGGGGAAUGAUUGUCCACUAUGGAUUGAUUGUAUUACUAGUUGUACUCGUAAUUUGUCUAAUGCGAUGCUUAUGGUCUUUUGUAUGUAUUAGGCAAGGACUGUAG